AUGGCGGACCAUCAGAAUCUUGAAGCGGUGGCAGACCAUUCCAAUGGGUCAGCUGUUGCAUCGCCGCGAUCUAGUACCGAUUCACGCUCUCCAUCAACGCGUAGCCAAUCCCUUCGACUCAAUCACUCGAAUCAUCAGCAUCGCCAGAGCUUCAGCGAGAGUCUCCGCGCUGCACCCGGUUCUCCGCGCACACGCCGACAGCCGUCCUUCACCCAGGCAGCGAUUCAGAGUCUGAUCGAUAACCCUCCAGCUCCUAAGGAUGUGAACCCCGCAUUUGCUGGCCGAGAUUGGAGAGAAAUCUCGAUUGGGGAGCUUGUCAGGCCGGAUGAUUUGAUGUUUGUCGAGUUGGACACUGGAAUUGAGGAAGCAACGAAUACACUGAUCGAUUCCAGCGCCCCAGUGCUGUUGAUUCGAGAGACCCCGGAACACAAAACGGCCGUGGGCACUUUCGAUUACUCGGAUCUGAAUGCAUACCUUCUACUUGCGGCGGGACUGACGCAGCCUAAUGAAGAACUUCGCGAAUCGUAUGAAGAACUGGCAAGGAAGGCCAGAGACGGGGACAAAAUACCAUUGAAAGACGUGAAGGAGCUGAGCCGGAGUGAGCCACUGACCACACUCCCCGCAUCGGCCAACUUGACGAGGGCUGUCGAGACGUUUGGCGGCGGGGUUCACCGUGUGGUCGUGGUGGAUGAACGCAAGGACGGCGAAGUGGUGGGAAUCGUCAGUCAAUUCCGACUUGUCAAGUUUCUAUGGGAGAAUGGUCGCAGCUUUCCCGUCAUCGAUCAGUUGUACCCUCAGUACCUGCGUGAUUUGGGCAUCGGGUCUCGCGAGGUGAUCUCCAUCAAUGGUGACAAGCAGCUUUGCGAAGCCCUGCAAAUCAUGAACAGCGAAGGGAUCUCGUCCAUUGCUGUGGUAGAUAACCAUUCCAACGUGGUGGGCAACAUCUCUACGACGGAUGUCAAGCUCCUGACGAGAUCGUCAUCGUUGCCUCUUCUCCACAACACGUGCAUUCAUUUCAUCUCCGUGAUCCUAUCCGCAAGAGGCCUCCUGGAGGGUAAAGACUCGUUUCCUGUGUUCUAUGUGAACCCUGGCUCGACUCUGGCGCACACGGUAGCCAAAAUGGUGGCCACCAAAUCUCAUCGAUUAUGGGUCACUGAUCCCCUAUCACCCUCGUCGUCGGGGCCACCUACACCGUCUCACUCGAGCGUUCAGCUUCCGUUGGCGGCGAGCACCAACCAUGCGCAGUCACCGCCGGUGUCACCUCCCGCAUCCACAACCAACCUACCAGCUCCCAACUACAGCACUCCUCAUCUUCCUAGUCCGCCUCAGCCAUACAUGAAUGCGGCAUCACUCACGCAUCCCGCUGCGUCGGUGGGAAUGCCCCACGCAGUGGCGCCGUCGAUACCCGCGUCUACAUUGCCGGGCGCCCGACUGUCCGGUCGCCUCGCGGGGGUGGUGAGCUUGACAGAUAUUCUGAACCUGCACGCGCGGGCUAGCGGAUUGAGCCCUGCUGAUCCUGCAGAGAGCCGCAGUCGCCGGCGACGGAGCAGCAGCUCGAGCGUUAGUGUGCGCAAAAGCGGGGAUAUCGGACGCGAGCUGUUUAGCCGGCGGGAAUAG